UGGAGGGAGAAGAGAGGGGAGGAAGGGUGGGGUGGAGAGGAGAAGCAGAGAGGACUAGGAGGGAAGCCAGGCGCGGAGGCCGCGGCGGGCGCAGCGGGCACCUCUGCUGGGCAGCCCCGGCGAGCAAGACGCCGCCAUUCCGCUGCUCGGAGCGCCGCCACCGCCGCAGCCGCGCCCGGGGGCCAUGCUCCCGCCGCCCCCGCGCCAGCCGCCGCCCCAGGCGCGCGCUGCCCGCGGAGCGGUGAGCCUGCAGCGGCCUUUCUUGCGCGGCCCGCUGGGCGUGCUGCGGCUACUGCAGCUGCUGGCCGGCGCCGCCUUCUGGAUCACCAUCGCCACUAGCAAGUACCAGGGCCCGGUGCACUUCGCACUUUUCGUGUCGGUGCUCUUCUGGUUGCUGACCCUGGGCCUCUAUUUCAUCACGCUCCUGGGCAAGCACGAGGUGGUGCCCGUGCUAGGCUCGCGCUGGCUGGUGGUCAACGUGGCUCAUGAUCUGCUGGCGGCCUCGCUCUACGGCGCCGCGACGGGCAUCAUGAUCGACCAGACGCAGCGCCACAGCUACUGCAACCUCAAAGAUUAUCCACUGCCCUGCGCCUACCACGCCUUCCUGGCGGCUGCCGUCUGCGGCGGCCUCUGCCUCGGCCUCUACCUGCUCUCGGCGCUCUACGGCUGCUGCCGUCGCUACCAGGGCAAGCAGGAGGUGGUGUGAGGCUGCCCGCGCUCUCCACGGCCCGGAUCGGCAGGGGGGACCCUCCGGAGUCUUUCCAGCCGUCGCCGUCGCCGCCCAGCGCGGAUGCACCCUGGCAACCUCCCUUGUCCUGCAUUUCCACUGCCGCCUGCGCCCCGGACCCCAGACUUGCAGUUCCCUCCCGACAGCAGCACCGCAGCCCAGAGUCCGGAAAGCUGUGCCAGACGCAACCUCGGUCUCCAGGGCUGCUAUACGAGGAGUGGAUGCAUACCCUCAGAUGGGCCCCCCAGAGGCGAAACUUAGCUGUUCCUCUUUUCCAUCCCUGCAGACAGCAAGACGUGGACAGGCGCCGCGUAGAUCCGGGGGAGGCUCCUAAAUUGGAACCAGUCUUUGGGCUGCACCACUGCCCCUUCUCUCCCUCCCCGUGGUCCGAAGAGCACCCCCUUUCCGGGCCCCUCUUUCAGCCUUGGGUGUUGUAAAAGGCUUGCAGGCAGCCGCGGAUGGAGCUGGAGACAGGCCUCAGCUGGUCCUGAGAUGAGUGACAAGUUUGGUUUUCAUCUGGGAAUGUGCAGGAAUCUGCCACAGCCCCUCCCUGCCCAUCCCUGGGUGCUUCCAUGUCCUGGGGCCAGUCUGAAGAGGCGGGGAUGAAUAGGAAAGGCCAGUGAACUGUACCUUUACACCUCUGAGGCUUCUCUAGGCUCUGCCUCCUCCGCCUUUAUGCUCUGGUUCGAGCAGGCCAGGCCCCAAACACACUAACUUCCUUGGCCUCACAGUGACAAUUAUCUUGAGGACUUCACUCACAGGCUUCUGCUCCGCCCCACCGCUCAAUGUUUGCAUUACGGAUCCCACAAGACCAUCAGGAAUGUUAGGGUGAGGCCCACCCCUGCUUUUUACAAGACACGACCCAGAGCCUGCUCUUGGGAACAGCCAAUAUAAAAUUAGAACCUGGUCUUCCCACCGAGGGUCCAACGCUGUUUACACUGAAGCAGAUGUCCCAGGAAGCCUGGUUCUAAGAACUACCUCUAAAAGAGGGUUUUGAGGUCAAAUGGGUUUGUUAGUGGUGCUGUUUCCCCAUGUUGGAGGUUCACAAUGCUAAUUAACUUGUAGCAAGGACUCUGAGAUGUUCCCCAGCACAAGAAACCCCAGUACAGAAAUUCAGUUAACUGUGUUAACUACUUCUGGGCCUGAGCAGGCAUUUGUCACCUUAAGGUUCCAGGCAGCCUGUGCUGACACAAUUCUCAUUUAUUUCCAUGGCUCUGACCCAUCGAAGAUUUAGGAAGCCCCCCUCCAGAGAAUCUUGCCAGCAGGGGGAUGCCCAGUGCAGUGAGGAAGGAGUUAGCUGCCUCUGGUCAGCCAGAGACACGAGAACUGGUAAACUUGAACAUUCCUUUACACUGUUGGAAAAAUGAAGCCAAGGUUAUCCAGAUGGUUUUCCAGUUAAAAGGACUGUCACCUGUAAGAUCCUGGCAUUGACUGAGCAGCUGGCAGGGUGGGCCCUGCUCACCAAAGAGAAGAAAUAUCUCUGGAGCCGGCAAACAACUGGCCAGGUUUCCAUGUUGCUGAAGCUGGUGGAGAUUGCCAGAGCUUGUCAGGCUGACCUCUCCCAAGCCUGCUGCCUUGGCUGGCAAGGCCAAGCUGGCCCUGACUGGCAGAUGGUUUCAGAGGCUUCACCACAGAAGAGGCAGGUGGAAGAGGGAAUGGCUUCUGCCCAGCAGCUGCUUUCCCACCAUCCAGUGGAAAAAAUCAGGAUGGUUAAGGUUUAUUUUUGCCUUAACCCCAGAUAAUUCCUGAUUCUCUUUGUGCCAUGAUUUGGGCACAAGAUUCCAGACCCUGGAACUGAGCUCUGUACCUUGUACCCUAAAUAGUGGGUUUUAGUUCCACCUUUGGUUCCUCUUCCUUUGGACUUUUUAAAGAUUGCCAUCUAAGUUGUGUGCUCAGCUCAGGUCCAGCUCCCUCAGGAUCUCCUUGGUGGCCCCCCAGUCCUGGUGCCCUGCCUGUGGCCAGGUGACCUCACUCAGGAGCAGAUAUCUUGGCCUUCAUGGUGCCUUAUCCACCCAGACGUGCCUGUAACAUUCCAGAGUUCACUGGCUCUUCUAGAUGUGCCUUUCUGCUUGGCUUCCAGUGGCUCGGUGGUCCCAGUGAGAUGUGAGAAGGAUCUAUAGGACUGCUGCCACAUCUACCCUCCCACCUCCAAGACCUUAGGGAUGGGCACCUGAUCUUGCUUAGAAUUUUGGGAUACUGGCGGUAGUGACAUAGUCCUCCCUCUUUGAUUCCAAGACUCCAGAAAUAGCCCAAGACCUUCCUGGCAGCUCACAGCCCAAAAGUCUGGGGGUACUUGUGGACCCAAGAGAUGAUUUCCACAGUGUUCUAUAAAGACUAAGAGAGAGAGUGGGAGAAAUGAAGGUGGUAAGAGAGGGGACCUGUGUGCCUCAUUCAGUAGUUUAGCAGUGGUUACUAAUAUGCUUUUCUGAAUAAAGUUCGGUUUGUCUGA